AUGGUUAGACACUUGAAGCAUCAUGAGCUGAAGUUGCUCAAAAAAGUCGACUUCCUCGACUGGAAGCAGGACCAGAACCACCGCGAUACGCAGGUGAUGCGUACAUACCAUAUCCAGAACCGUGAAGACUACCACAAGUACAAUAAAAUCUGCGGUGAGAUUCGCAAGUUGGCACACAAACUUUCUCUUUUAAAACCCACGGAUCCCUAUAGAAUCAAGCACGAGCAGCUCUUAUUAGAGAAGCUCUACAAUAUGGGGGUCUUGGCAAGUAAGUCCAAGAUUUCUGACUUGGAAAAUAAGGUUUCUGUGAGUGCAUUUUGUCGCCGAAGAAUAGGAGUGGUGAUGUGCCGUCUCAAGAUGGCAGAGACAUUGAAGGACGCAGUCACAUUUAUAGAACAAGGACAUGUGAGAGUCGGACCCAAUGUGAUUACCGAUCCAGCAUAUUUAAUCACUCGUCUGUUGGAGGACUACUUGACUUGGGUUGACACUUCCAAGAUCAAGAGGAAUGUUCUCAAGUACAAGAACAAGAUCGACGAUUACGAAUUAGCAUGA